AUGAGCAUUUUACAAGAAAGAGUAGAGAAUAACUAUCCAUAAGGUUCGGAAUAUCAAUCGAUUGUUCAAAUAAUAUCAUAGCCGUCUGUUGCAAAUUGGAGAAGAUAUACCUUCACAAUCAAAGAAAAGCAAUAUGUAUAUUAAGGGCCGUUAAAUGAUGAAACCGAGGAAUUGAUAUAAGUGAUGCAAAGUUAUGAAAAUGCUGAAAAUGCUCAAGCAAAAAAUGGCAUUGAAUCUCUUUCUAAAAAAUGCUUGGAUUAUGAAAAAAAACUGUACAAAGAGUGGAGUUGCUUUAAUUAAUGGGUUAAGUUUGAUACCAACUAAAUUAUAAUAACAAUCGUAUAUUGGAGUGCAUAUUUUAGUGUACUUUCAGAAUCAAUAGAAUUAACAAAUAAUACUAUUGUACAAAAGGACCAAAUAAGAGCAAAUAUUUCACAGUAUAUGCCUUUGUAUGCAUUUUUAUUUACUUUGUUCUCGUAAAUGUAUUAAAUAAUAUUGAUAUUCAAUAGAUGUUAUUAAAUCAAGAACAUAUAUAUAUGGAUUUUGAUGUUUAUUUCUCUUAUAAUAAUACCAUUAUUCGUUUUGUUAGGCUACCAUCUAAAUGCCUUUUAAAAUUACAAUGGACCUUCAUAUGACUAUAUUGGCAUAGGAUUUUGUAUUUUAAGUUUCUUAAUAUUUUUAAAUUCGCUGUUAAACAAGGGAUUCAAUUCUAUUAUCACUUCAUUUUCAUCAUAACUAAUGGCCACUCUAUUUAAUUGCAGUUUCUGCAUACUUGUGAUAUAUUUCAUACUUUUUAAGAUUAUUGCUUUUUUUCUAUUGCUUUAAACCAAUAGCACUGAAUAUAUAGUAGAGAAUCUAUCAGAUCUAAUAGCACCACAGAUAUUUAUAAUGAUGUUAAUUUACUCCAUUUUCUUAAUAAAAGCACUCUUUACUUUAAGUCCUGAAAACAUUGAAUCUGAUCUAAAAGUGCUAUCACUUAAGGAUUAACCAGAUCCCUACAUCCAAAAGGAAUAUUAUAGUUAUAAAUUGAAUCAAAAAGUAAUUAAUUUGCUUAAGAAAUUGAAAUUAACAACUGUUGCCCCAAUAUUGAUUACUAUUAGUUAUUUUACUCUCGAAAUCUAUUGUUACUCUGGGUGGCUUUAUUUUAAAUCUAACCAGAACUAUGAACUGACAGUUACAUAUGGAUUUUUAUUUGUAGCCAUACCUAUAUUUAUGUCCUUUGGAAUUUGUUUAGCUACAUCUAAUGUGAAUCCAUCAAACUUAUACUUGUAUAGUUCACUGUUAUUGGGAUCAGGGUUUAGCAUCCUAACUAUUAAAGUCUGGAACUUAACAUAUGAUAUUUAAUACUUCUAAUCUAUCUCUAGAUUGUUUGGCAUAUGUCCUUUAAUAAUUACUUUGAUCUGGUUGACAAUAGCUUAUUUUCGAUCUUGGAGAAGGAACUAAAAAAUGUUUGCUUUAAUCAUUUCUUGUUUGUUCUUUGCAUUUCCAAUUGGGAUAUUAAUUACAUUAUCAGAUGCUUAUAAUGAUUCUGGAAUUUAUAAUGGUUCUAUAGUAUUGAUUGUUAUUGGAUGUCUUCCAAUAAUUGCUCUAAUUUGUUAUUAUUUUGUAGUGGUCAUGAUUUAUCUGUUAAAAUUACCUUAGCAGGCUUUAAAUUUAAAUUUCGUUGCAUUCCAAUAUAUAAAUUUGACUAAUUUGGCAACCUGGUUUAAUUCAAUAUGUUACAUAGUUGGAUUUUAUUUUACUUGCUAUUUCGUUUGGAAUGAGCCAGCAACUGCAACAGGAACAAAAAAAGGAGCUAUGUAAGGACUUCUAGUAAUUUAAACAGUGUUGUUUAUUUUAACCAGGAAAGCAUUGUAAGUGAAGAUAUAAGACAAUUAAAAUGAUUAGAAGGAGGAAUAUGUAAAAUAUUUGGAAAGGAUUGACAACCUCAUAAGAGGAGGAAUAUUUUACCCAUUUGUGAUAUUAUUGCCAAUUGGAUUAACCUAAGAUAGUGAGACAACUAAAAAUGCUUUGAUUGCUAAUGCUGUCGGUCUACCAGUAACAUUUAUAUAUUUCAACUUCUUGAUUUAUUUAAAAAAAGAACUCUGUUAAUAUCAGGAUUUCUUUCAACCUCUACUUAUCAUACUUAUGUGGAUCUUUGUUAUUGGACCAAUAGGGAUAAUAUUCCCACUGUUAGCUGAUAUUUAUGAGAACUCAUCGCAUUAAUUUGCUGUAUUUGCUUAAUUAGCUGUUGCUUACACUAUUUUAAUAACAAUCAUAAUAAACACUUGUAUUUCAAAUGUUUAUUCAGUUUUAUUGAAUAAAGAAUAAUUAGAAAUGAAGAAGAAGGAAGUGUUAAAAGUUGUUAUGUAACUAUUGGCCAAUCAUAAAGUGUCAUCGACUGAAGAGAUCUGUGCUUUGAUAUUCUUAAGAUUCAUUCAACAAAAUAACCCAGUUAAACUCAAAACGGAUUUGAAAUUGGGAGAUCCCGUUAAUGUUUAUGAUUAUCCUGGAGUAGAUAAAGGUAGAAUUUUUGAUGAAUAAUUGGUGACUAAAACAGAGUAUGAGAAUAAAAAGAAAUUAGAAUAAAUAUCUAAAAAGAAGAAGGGUGGUGUUAUUCGUAGUCUCCAAGAUGAUGAUACAGAAUUAUUCAAGAAAUCUACUUAAAAUAAUGAGGAUGAUCAAUCAGAAGGGAUGAAUCACAAAAUAAUAGAUCUAAUAUUUGAAUGUGUGUUUUGUAGAUGUGGUUUUGAAGAAAUGGAGUAGAUCAACAUAAAUAAACAACAAUUAGAUGUAGAAUUAUUGGAAUUGGAGAAUUGGAAAGAGAGGGAGGCUAAAAAGAUUUAGGGAAUUAUUUAACCCAGUGAAGCAGAUAUGAAGGCAGCUGCUGAUAUAGAUUUUUAUACUGCAUUAAGGACUAAAUACAGAGACAGAACUGAAAGGUUUUGGGCUGCCAUAUAUAGCAAAUUUAGAAAAAAUUUGAAUGUGGUUUUAGAGUAUUUAGAAUUAGAGAGAAACGAUGAAAUAUUAAAGUAAUAUAAAAGCUUUAAGGCGAGUGAAGAUGGGGAUUUUACAAUGUCAUAGAAUGACUUUGCACUUUUCCUGUAUGACAAUUUUUAGAGAGAUGACCAAACAAAUUAUUAUAAUUUAAUUUGGGAAAUGGCUGUUAAGAAGUACCAUCUGUUUGUUUAUAAUCAUAACGAUAUAAGAUAAAUAUUGAAAUUACUCUAAAAUAAUACAAAUACACCAUUUCAUCAACAAAAUUUUAAAUUACCUAAAUAAAUCGGAGAAAAAAGACAAAGAUUAGAAAAAAAAAAAAGUGUAUAAGGUAAUGAAUAAAUCGAUUUACAAUAUUAAUAGAAAAAGUAACUUAUUGAAAGAGAAUUUUAAGAUAAAGUCCCAAAGAAUUUAAAAGUUUAAUUUUGGUAGUUUUGUUCUAAAGUCAAUGAUUUUUUAUGGAUUAAACCUAGGUUAUACUCUCAAUAAAUUAUGAAUUAAUUGAUUAACUCUUUAUUCUAAAAAAUAACACCCCCUGAACCAGAAUUAAAUAAAAUUGUUUAAAAUGUAAAAUGGGAUUAACUGGCUGAAUUAGUAGGAGAUUGUUUAGUUGAUUAAUGCAAUAAAUUUGAUAAAAAAAUGAGAGAUCAAGAAUUCAUUUUAAAAUUUACAUCAACUAACAUUUUGGCCAUUAUCUUGAGAAUAUAUGAUUUAUAUGGAUUGGCCACAUUGGCAUUCGAUUCUUAAGUAGGAUGGUUUGGACGAUCUUAAACAAUUAGUCCAAUCACAUUUGUGGACUAUUCAGCUAUUUGGAGUGAAUAUAAUCUAUUUUUCUUUUUAGCACUAUUUAUGAGCUUAAUCUAUAUAAUUUUGGGCUUUGAGGCAGCAAAUUAAAUAGCUAACAAUACAUUUGGAUUUGAUGAGAAUGGAAUUAUUGCAACCUAUAAAAGUAGAAGAUACUGGCUGAGUAAAACUAUUCAAUUGGUUAGUGGAUAAUUCAUUUUCGUUAUGAAAAGUUACAUAGACGCAUUCAUUUGUGACUAUAGUUCAUAUCCAUACACAUUAGUAAGAUAACCAAGUGUUGAAUGCAUGAGUGAUUUGCAUUUUAUGUACGUCACUUUAGCCAUUUUUGGGUGUAUUAUUUAUUAUCCCCUCUCAUCCUAUCUACAGCCUACAUUUUAAUAUAUGGAUCACUCCUUAGAUUUAAAAUACAAAUCCAAUUAUGUGGUUUUGUACAUUUAAGCUAAGUUAUUAAUUUUGGGUAUGAGCUCUGUGUUCUCAAAUCUUUAAGACUAAGCAUAUGAAUAUUAAAUGCUUUUUUCCAGUAUUGUUAUGUUAAUCCUCAUUUAUUUCCAUUUCAGAAUUAAACCUUGCUAUGUUAAAUGGUUUAAUACAAUAGAAUUUUGUAUAUUGUUAUUGUUACUCUAUAUGUAUAUCGGAGCUUUUCUGAUAUUAGCAACAGGUUUUAUGAUAGUAGGAUGGAUAAUAUUGGCUUGUCUGGGUGGACUGACCUUGAUAAUUACAGCUAUAGUAUUAGUACGGGCUUAUAAUUAAGAAUAAUAAUUCUAGUUGACCAAGGUCUAACCAGUGCACUAAGCAACUGAUUAAUCUUAUACAUUGAAGCAAUGA